GAGCGUGUUAGUUGUCUCACGGAGCACGUAAACCGAAGUACAAGCUAGAGAAAGUGCCUUUCUUCUCAGUUCAAUUUAUAAACCGAAAAUGCCUGGAACCCCCGCAAUAGGAAUCGAUCUUGGCACAACAUAUUCAUGUGUUGGUGUUAUGCAACAUGGAAAGGUUGAAAUUAUAGCCAAUGAUCAGGGUAACAGAACAACUCCGAGUUACGUCGCUUUUAAUGAAAGUGAAAGACUCAUCGGCGAUGCCGCGAAGAAUCAAGUCGCCCUCAACCCUUCGAAUACAGUGUUUGAUGCUAAGCGUCUCAUUGGGCGAAAGUAUGACGAGAGUUCUGUCCAAUCUGACAUGAAACACUGGCCUUUCGCAGUAAUCAAUGAUGGCGGUCGACCAAAGAUUCAAGUGGAAUAUAAAUCCGAGAAAAAGACCUUCUUUGCGGAAGAGAUUUCCUCGAUGGUUCUGACUAAAAUGAAGGAAACUGCAGAAGCUUAUCUUGGUACUAAAGUCACCGAUGCCGUUGUCACUGUUCCGGCAUAUUUCAAUGAUUCACAGAGACAAGCCACGAAGGAUGCCGGAAUCAUUGCUGGCCUCAAUGUCCUUCGCAUAAUCAACGAACCAACUGCUGCAGCCAUUGCCUAUGGUUUGGAUAAGAAUGCUGCCAAAAACACUGAGUGUCAUGUUCUCAUCUUUGAUCUUGGUGGAGGUACCUUUGAUGUGUCUGUUCUUACAAUUGAUGAUGGCAUCUUUGAAGUGAAGUCAACCCAUGGUGAUACCCACUUGGGAGGUGAAGAUUUUGACAACCGCAUGGUUGAUUUCUUCAAGAACGAAUUCAAUAGAAAAAACAAGAAAGAUAUGUCUAACAACAAGCGAGCCAUGCGACGUUUGAGAACUGCCUGUGAAAGAGCCAAGAGGACCCUUUCUUCGAGUCAUCAGGCUAGUAUUGAAAUAGAUUCUCUCUUUGAGGGAAUUGAUUUCUACACGUCAAUGAGCCGUGCAAAGUUUGAAAAAGAAAAUGAGGACCUUUUCCGUGCAACUUUAGAGCCUGUUGAGAAGGCUUUGAAGGAUGCCAAGUUAAGUAAAGAUAAAAUCCAUGAGAUUGUCUUGGUGGGUGGCUCUACUCGCAUUCCCAAAAUCCAGGAUUUGCUUAGAAGUUUCUUUGAUAACAAAGAGCUAAACAAGAGCAUCAACCCUGAUGAAGCUGUAGCUUAUGGUGCUGCAGUGCAGGCAGCCAUCCUGCAUGGAGACAAGAGUGAAGCUGUGUCAGACCUACUUCUUCUUGAUGUGGCUCCCUUGUCUCUGGGUAUUGAGACCGCUGGUGGUGUUAUGACAGCCCUCAUCCCACGAAACACAACAAUUCCAACAAAGAAAAGUCAAGUCUUCACAACAUAUGCAGACAACCAACCUGCUGUUUUGAUCCAGGUGUAUGAAGGUGAACGGAGCAUGACCAAAGACAAUCAUCCACUUGGAAAAUUUGAGCUUACAGGUAUUCCUCCUGCCCCUCGUGGUGUUCCACAAAUUGAGGUCACUUUUGAUGUUGAUGCCAAUGGAAUCAUGAAUGUUUCUGCAGUGGACAAAAGCACUGGAAAAGAAAACAAGAUUGUCAUCACAAAUGACAAAGGUCGAUUGUCCAAAGAAGACAUUGAGCGUAUGGUGAAAGAUGCUGAGAAGUUUAAAGAGGAUGAUGACAAGCAGCGCGACAAAAUUCAAGCCAGGAACUCUUUGGAGAGUUAUGCCUACAACAUGAAGAGUACAAUUGAAGAUGAGAAAGUUAAAGACAAGAUUAGUGAAGACGACAAAACACUCAUCUCAGAUAAAUGCAAAGAAAUCAUUGACUGGUUGGAUCAAAGUGAAGGAGCACCAAAGGAAGAGUUUGAAAGCAAGCAGAAGGAGCUUGAGAAGGUGUGCAAUCCCAUCAUUACCAAGCUGUACCAGGGUGCAGGAGGAGCACCUGGUGGAAUGCCAGGUGGAGCACCUGGUGGAAUGCCCGGUGGUGGAAUGCCUGGCGGUGGAAUGCCUGGCGGCUUCCCUGGAGGACCUGCUGGAUCACAGCAAGAAUCCUCAGGUCCUACCAUCGAGGAAGUAGAUUAAGUUCAUGAACUUGCCCUUUCAACUUUGUUGACAAAGAUACAUGUACUAGCCUAUACUGUUAAAAAUUGAACCAGUUGAGUUGUAGCUGUUUGAGUUGCCGUUUGUUGCUGAUUUCUUAGUAACAGUAAUUUUCAUUACACAAUGUAUCUUGAUCGCUAAAGAGCCAAAGAAUAAAAGAUUUUUGUUCUUGACAAA